AUGGGCAAUUGCAGCGGGCAGACGCCGCCUAUGUGGCGCCCAAGUGUAGGCCGCAAGAGAAGUGUUGUGCCGAAGGAUCUGAGCAAAGUGCACCAGUCACUCGCGGAUGAGCAGCGGCCGAAGCGCGCGGAGCUGCGCCGGGCGUUUUGCCUAGCGAGAUCUGAAUCUGUCUCCCUGGCUGAAGCUCACAGACGGAGUUUUCGCAGGCCUCAGCAUGAGCUUGAGCACCUUUUGCCGGUGCAGUUCGGGACUUUCGCAGACGGGCAGAUGCUACAGAUACCUGCCCGUGCCGCGGCGCUCCGAAAGAUCAGAGUGCCUCUACUUGUUUCACGAAUCUAG